UCUCUAAAAAUUUGAAACACACAUACACUACAAACAUGGCAAAUUCUCCAAAUUUUCAAUUAAUCUUUUUAAUUUUAUUAUUUUUAUCUUCGCUCGUCGUCCCGCCGUCGAAUGCGCAAUCGAGCACGUUGUGCACGGGCGCUAUGAUCCGUAGCUUCAACCCGUGCAUAGGCUUUCUCACGGGCGGUGGGUCGGGCGCAAACUCGUCGCCAACGUCGGGUUGUUGUAGCGCGCUGAAAGAUCUCAUGAGUAACGGACAAGAUUGUCUUUGCCUCAUCGUUACGGGCGGCGUCCCGUUCCAAAUUCCCGUCAACCGCACUCUCGCUAUCUCGCUUCCCCGAGCUUGUAAAAUGUCCGGUGUUCCUGUCGAGUGUAAAGGGACAGCAGCAAGCCCAGUUCCACCUCCAGAUUCAGGAUCUCAAGGCCAGGACCAACCAAACUUGUCCCCUGGACUAUCUCCUCCAAGUCCUACAACAGGUCCACUUCUUCCUCAGCCAUUUACGCCGCCGACACCGGGAGGUGAGUUGACGCCGCCACCGGAUGAGGACAUAAUUCCGACGCUUACGCCGCCGGGAAUGCGCCCGACUUUGAAUCCAUCGGCGGCAACAUCGACGACGAUGAAUAAGAGUUUUGGGUCAUCACUAGUUGUUAUAGUUUUAGGAGUUUUUAUUUUUAUGAAUUUGAAACUUGUUUAAAAAUUUUAUUUUUAGACACAUUUAUUCUUUUUAUUAAAAAAAAAAGGUAUUAAAUAUUAAUGAAAUUUAUUUAUUUUAUUUUUGUAUAAGAUGGUGAUUUAGCUAAGUAUUUUUUAGUAAGGGUAUUUAUCAAUUAUAUUUGGAGGCAAG